AUGAAUCAAGCCCUCGACGACGCCCUCGACACCGUCAUCCAGCUCAUGGAGGCGGAAGACCGCGAAGACCACGAGAACGACGAAGAGCGCGAGGACGACGAAGACGCUACGAGCUACGAGUCUGACGUUACCCGCGUUGGCACCUCCGUGUCGAUCGAAGAGAUACCGCGUCCAUCUGACGCACCACCCCCUGGCCACCACCAUGCACCCAGACCAAGGCUCCCGGUAUGGGCACCCCCGGGCACUUCCUUGCCUACGGAUGCAGCAAGCGCGACGUACAUCUUCGGUCUAUACGAGACGCGCAUUCGACUUAUAAUGGAGACGCGGGCGGUGGUCCCUUCGUGGGAUCUGGUUGACUUCGAACAGCGGGCCGUUGUUGAAGCGGACCAAAUGAGGGCGUCGCUCUACGACGCCGAGAACUACGGCGUGCAGCCCGGCCCCCUUCUCGAGGAGUUCGUUUCGAACAGCAGGACUCCCUUCUCUGCCAGGUGGCCUGUCGGCACCGACUUCCGCCACAUCGCCCGCCCCUACCCUGGUCCCUCCGAUUUCGGAGGGUCUGCAUGGUGGGAACGGUACCCCACGAUGGCCCCUCCCACAGCAAGAAUCGACCCGCCGUCCAUGUCUUCCAAUGGCAACCACCCCAUUCACCGCGCGCGGACUCGCGGGCAGACAAGCGCAAGCUCCAGCACCACUGGCCAACCACGCCGACGCCGCGGCCCUCGUCUCAGCUGCACCGGCUCGGGCGGCCCCGUCACGCACGACACCAUCACGUUGCGCGACGUCAACUUUUCCGACAGCGAAGAAUCUGUGACCUCGGAGUUUGCCCGGGACUUGGGGUUGGGUCCUCAAGACACCCUGCCUUUCCGACCCGCCGGGGACCCAGCGGACCCAGCGGGGCGUCAACUUCGCGUCGAACACAAGCAACCGUGCCGUUCUUGUGCUCGGAAGCCGACGCGCUGCGUGGGCGUCCCCGGCGAAUCGUGCACGAUUUGCAAGGAUGUCUCGAAGAAAGGCUGUGAGUACGCUGGAGGAGGAAGCAUGGGUGAUGACCAGUGGUGCGACGUCACCCCCGCCGAAUAUUUCCGCAUCACGCACAAGAUGUCGGCUCUGAAGCGGAAGUGGAAGGGCAAAGGUCGAGCGGACGGCCAAGAGUCACCCAACAAGCGCAGGCGGAUGAAGGUACAAGAGCGUGCGGCGGACGUAGUUGCCACGGUGGAGGAUCUCGUUGGGAGUAUUGCCCACGUCAACGCUCAGCUCGAGCAACUGCGAGCGUCGUUGGAUCAAGGAACGCAGGUCGACGACCUCAGACUCUUGGCGAAAACGGCGCGGGUUCACUGGGACAUUGUGGCUGCCGCGGGCCCUUCUGAUAUCUCCCUUGCUGGGCCCAGCGGUACGCAACAGACAGAGGACGAGGACAUGGAGGAGGAAGAGGGCGCGGACCAGCAGAACGCGAGCGACGAGUGA